AUGGGUUUCGAGAAACAGAAACGGAAUCGCAACACCCUCCUGAUUGAGAGAGAGGACAUCGUCGAGUGGAGGCGGCGGUAUUUGAGGGCAAUCAGAAAGCACAGAGCCCAGAACCGCAAGAUCUACUUCCAGGACGAGACUUGGGUGAACGCCGGCCUCACAUUUGUCAAGGUGUGGACUGAUAGCACCAUAAAGUCAGCAAGGCAAGCCUUCAUGUCUGGACUGACGACCGGGCUAAAGGUUCCUUCUGGAAAAGGUGAAAGAGUGAUUGUCACCCACGCAGGUAGUGACACUGGCUUCGUGUCCGGCUGCCUGGACGUGUUCUGUGAGAAGAAAAAGGGGGACUACCACGAUGAAAUGGACUCGAACAGGUUUGAAGCAUGGUUUCUUCAUCUGCUGGACCACAUCGAGCCUAACAGCGUAAUUGUUAUAGACAACGCGCCAUACCACAGCAGAAAGGCUGAAGCUGUUCCCACAACUGCAACAAAAAAGGGCGAGAUCCAGCAGUGGCUCUCUUCAAAGAGCCUAGACUGGACUGCCACAAUGAAGAAAAAAGACCUUCUGAGCAUUGUGGCAACGGUGAAGGAUCGCUACACAAAGUACAAAGUUGACGUCAUGGCUACGGACGCCGGGCACACAGUGUUGAGGCUCCCACCGUACCAUUGGGAACUAAACCCCAUAGGGUUGAUAUGGGCACGAGUCAAGCAGGAGGUCGCCUUCAAGAACAUCACAUUCAAGCCCAUUGACGUCGAGCGGCUCUUGAGGGAAGCAGUGGACAACGUAACAGCUGUCCAUUGGCAUGACAUUUUUCACAUGGCAGAACAUGUGAAAAAAAAUGGAGGCGAGGUUUCGAGAAUGUGA